AUGGACGAAGUCCGGAAAGGCCCUCCAACACCGCUCGACAUCCCCCUUCCACACACCGCCUCAGCAUCCACGUCCGCCCUCCCGCUCCCACUACCCACCUCGACCUCCCUCCCCACACCCACCACGGCGAAGCUCACCGAGCCGCCGACGCCCACGGCGCGCCACCGCCCGUCGCGCUCCGUCGGCCCGAGCAUGCUCGACAAGGUGAUCAGCAAGACGCGGCCGCCGUACCUGCCCCCGAAGCCGCGCACGGAGGACAGGAAGCACCUGCAGGACUGGGAGGACAUGAUGAAGCGCAGUCGGGCCGCCGAGGAGAAGCGGCGGCAAGCGCUGCUGGAACGCCGGCUGGCGCGCGAGCGACGAAUAGAGGAGUCUAUCGGCGUCUGGGAGCGCGAGAUCGUGCCCGACUGGACGGUGGUGCACCGAAACACGCACCUGCGAAGGGUAUGGUGGCAAGGUAUCCCUACCAAGCUACGCGCGAGCAUGUGGCAGGCCGCGAUCGGGAACCCGCUCGCACUGAGCAAAGACUCAUUCAAAACUUGCUUAUCAAGAGCAAAGAGAGCACUAGCUUCAGGUUCGUUUCCAACGACUGUCCUGAGGUUGCUAGAAGACGAUAUCCGAACAACCCUUCCUGCAAUACACCUAUUCACGCCGGAGAAGGGCCCUCUAUAUCAGGACCUCAAGGACAUGUUGUGCGCAUGGGUUGUUGCGCGGUCGGACGAGGGUUUGGGAUAUGUGGUCGGGGUGGCGAAGAUCGCAGGCAUGAUUCUCAUGAAUAUGUCGCCCGCUCAAGGGUUCAUCGUCAUGCGGAACCUGCUCGAACGACACUGUUUGCGGUCUUUCUACGGCGGUAUGGCAUCAAAAGACGACGUGGAAGCAUACUACAGGAUCUUCGAUACCCUUCUCGCGGAUGGGAUGCCCAAAAUCUAUUUCAACUUCAAGCAGCACCAAGUAUCACCCGCAGCGUACCUUCCAGACUGGUUGAUACCACUAUUCUUAGAGCAUCUUCCGUUCGAAGCUUGUGCACGAGUCUGGGAUGUCAUCUUUCUGGAAGGAGAUGCGUUCCUGUACCGUGCGGCACUCGCCAUCCUCGGUGUCCUAGAGCCACGUCUAUUCUUCCCCGACAAAAAAGAGCUUCUCGAGCUGCUACGAGGGGAGAACAAGGCGGCGCUGGAAGUGGCGAAGCGGGACGGGCGGACGGUCGACAAUGGCAAGUACGAGAUCUACAACCUCGACGAGGAGAACCUCUGGGAGCGCAUAGAGAGCAUGGACGAGUGGUGGCGGGAGAGCACAUGGAAGAGGCUAAUCGAGCGAGAAUUGCCGGACUUGUAG